AUGAAAACCAUUUUUACUUUAUGUAUUUUUAAAGUAUAAUAUAUUUUUCAAUCGUUUUUUUUAUUUAAAAACUGUAUCAAUUAGGAAAAAGUAUGAACUAUGAUCUCAUUUUGGAAGAAUUAGGUGAGUUUGGAGCAUGGCAGAUAGGUAUAGCUUUACUACUAUGGCUCCCAGCUUCACUAGAUGGGGUUCAGAUUUUGAUGGCGUCAAUGACUGGGGUUACACCAAACCGGUUUAGGUGCAAGGUGAGUGACCACUGUGUAGAUGACGGUCAAAGCUUCCCAGAGAACAACAGCAACUUCUAUCCUUCAAUAGAAAAUGAUGAAUUUGACUACUGUAAAUAUUAUGCUCCGGCUACUAAUGUAGAUGGCACAUGCAACUUUGAUGACACAGAUAAAAGUAUUGCAUAUGCUUGUAAUAGUACUGAUGACUUUGUAUAUGACAGUUUUGAAAUGGACAAUUCUUUUAUAACAGACUUCAAUAUUGUCUGUGAUCGGAAGAUAUUUGAACCAGCUGUAAACAGUUUCUUUAUGAUUGGAUUGAUGGCUGGAAGUUUUGGUUUUGGAGUUUUAUCGGAUAAAUUUGGUCGCAGGCAUAUGCUUCUAGUAGCAAUCCUGUGCUGUGCUGGGGGUUCUCUGGCUGGAGCAUUUAUGCCAGAAUAUUACUCAUACGUUUUUUUCAGGAUGAUUGCUGGAGCUGGUGCUGAAGGAUGUUUCUUAAUUCCCUUUACUUUAUCCAUGGAAAUAGUUGGUAUCAAGGAGAAGGUUUCCUUCCUUCCCUGGGUAUCCUACAGUACACUUCUAGCUAACUUUAUAUCUAUUCCUCUUGCAGUUGGUGAAUCAGUUAUCAGUGCCUUGGGAUAUGCUAUUAAAGACUGGAGAACUCUUCAGUGGGUUUCCUCACUUGUCUGCUUGGCCUGUGCUGCAAUCUGGUUUUUUAUUCCUGAAUCCCCCAGAUGGUUGAUAUCCACUGGUAAGCUGGAUACUGCAAGAAGUGUGGUUGAGAAAGCUAGUAAAAGGAACAAGGUUGUUGUAUCCAAAUAUCUUCUAUCUGCUGGUAACCCUGAACCUGAAGCCCAGCUCCAAGAUGGUAAUGUGCAGGCUGACCAACCAGCCAAGGAGGAUGGACAAUAUUCACUCAGUGAUCUAUUCCAUCCUUCAGUUCGGUUUAUCUCCCUGACAAUGUUUGUCUGCUGGCCAGUCAUAACUCUACUCUACUACGGUAUCUCACUCUCAGUGGAUAAAAUUAAUCUGACUGAAGAUGUUUUUCUCAGUUAUAUUUUGGUUUCUCUCAUUGAAAUACCAUCUUACGUAUUCCUAGUUCUUACAAUGGAUAUAAUUGGCAGGAAACCCUUGUUUGUAUUUUCUAUGCUGAUACCUGGAGCCACAUGUCUUAUUGCAGCCUUCAUUGAUGAGGGUUUACUGUUUACUGUUUUGGUUCUGAUUGGAAAGUUCUGUGCUUCAGCAGCCUUUAAUAUUACUUAUAUGUACACUGCAGAACUAUUCCCAACUAAUAUAAGGAAUAGUGCAGUUGGAAUCUGUAGUACUAUGGCAAGGUUUGGCGGUAUUUCUGCUCCUUGGAUAGCUGUCUACCUUCCUUCCCAGGGUUCUCUUCCUGGCUGGGUUGCGUAUACUGUUUUUGGUGGAAGUGCAGUGAUAGGCGGACUUCUGGCUUUAUUCUUACCUGACACCAUAGGCUUCCCUCUUCCAGAUACCUUCGAGGACCUAGAGGAAAUCAAGAAGAAAUCUAAGCCUAUGUGGAAGCUAAACAGAGCAACUAAAUAAUUAGAUUAUUGAAUUGUAAUUAUAAUUAUAAUUUGUACAGUAAAUGUAGUUAGUUCGUCCAUUUCAAAAAAUAAAAAUUAAAUAAACUAGA